AUCAUCAUUAGGUAGAGGGUCAACACUCAUCACGGCGGCCGAGGAACCUUGGCUCCACGAAGGGGUCACCGUCGAACGCAACGCCGAAAAAGCUGCAGCACGCGAACAGCAGACGAACUCCUAGCAUUCGUGGAAGAUACCGAAAAGAAAUCAUCUCCAUGCACCGCCGGCGUGUGCGCGAACGCACGCUUGUCCAACACAUCCCACAUAUCAUCCAGACACGAAGCAUGUCGCCCAAAAGGGGCUUCCAUGGAGAGCUGCUCAUCCUUGUACACCUGCCCAGACACUACCGGAAACUGCUUCAACAUGGAGUCUCGAACAGCUAUCUGCACUUGCGCAUCCGAAGACUUGAAGGCGUGGUGGGAAACCAUGACGGUCAUGGCCAGAGCCUUAUAGCGACGAAUGUAUUCUCCGUAAGUCUCGCCGUUGGAUACGCCAAAACUGCGAAGACGAUCAAUCCCCGAGAUCUUGUCUUGAGUGUCCCAGGCAGCCGUCAAUUUCUGGAUGAAGAAGGCGUACGUCGAGGGCCCUGCCGGUUCCUUGCGCAGAUGGUUUUCUACUUGUCACCGUGGCCUGACCUCCGUCGCCCUUUUCCGCCGCGACUGCUGUCAGUGCUGGUCGCCCUGCUAUUGCCCCCGCUCUGGUUCUGGCUCCGGCUGCGGCUACGCUUAGACGGAGGCGUGUUUUUCCCACGACGGUCUCCGCUCCGGCUGCGCCCACGCCAAGACGAAGGAUUGGUGCGCUGUUGUUCUGCGCUCCGACUCCUGCUCCGGCGAUGGCGACUCGCCGGCGAAGACCUGGUAGGCUGGUUCUCCAUGGCUCGCCCUCGCCUGUUAUCUCCCACGCCGCGCCCUCGCGAAGACUGGGUGGAGCGGUGAUGGUAGUCCGUCCCGCUCUUGGCCGUCGAAUCCCGGUCGCUCCAACGGUUCUUGCAGGUCUUGGACACGGGAGCCGCCGACCUACUGAAGUCCUUGUCCUCUCCAGAACCAUGUUCAGGGCGUGAAGAGGCCUGCCGGGGGGCUUGCAGAUCGUGCUUGAAGUCGUUGGUCGAAGCAGCACGAGCAAGAGGCAGCUGGAGUCCUCCCUCCUGGGUCACCACCGACGUUCCUUGAGGACCUUCUGGAAAGGUGGCACGACGGAGAGCGAACAAAAGCUGGAACACGGACUGCCGCGAAGAAGGCGGAAGUUUCGCGAGGUACGGUGUGUGGUAGAUGUGUCCGAAUGCAACGGUGUGCGGUGGGGGGAAUUGUGCACGGACAAGUUGUUUGAUGCCAGCCCAUGCAAAAACAGCUGCCAAUCUGUCCUCAUCGUGGAAGGUGACACCUUCUGCAGGCAUCUCCAGCGGGCGGGACAGGAACGCUGAAUCUCCAACGUGGAACUCGUACACCGUGGUUGCCGCCGCAAACAAUGCUCCGUCUUCAGCAACGGCUGGAAGACCCAAAGUCACCGAAAACUCCGGAGUCGCUGUCCCUUCCGCUCCUUCUCGUUCGUCGGAGAAGCCGCCACCUCCCGCUCCUUCUCGUGCGGCGAGGCGGUACGAUGGGAACCAAGGUGCACCUGGGAUUGCGUGGGGGGGGGGACGAUAACCCGGCGACGGGGGUGGGGGGCUGCUCGCGGGUCCUGGUGGCGGGGCUCCAGCUCCUUCAGCCGCGAUCGGAGCGCCCCCUGCUUCGCCCUAGCCGCUUGGAGAUACGCCUCACGCUCCGCCAGAACAGCCGCACGCUCCUCCUCCUGCUUCCUCGCCGCAGCAGCCCGAACAGCCUCACGCUCCUCCUCCUGCUUCCUCGCCGCAGCAGCCGGAGGAUAUGCGAAGGUGUACCGAUUCAGGAAAAAGUCAAUCGACGGAUACCCUGCGAAUCGGGUCCUCCUCAACACUCUUCACCCACUCUUCACCCACAGAAUUUACCCUCAACUGGGAACCUCUUGUGGCCAGGAUGGGNCGGAGGAUAUGCGAAGGUGUACCGAUUCAGGAAAAAGUCAAUCGACGGAUACCCUGCGAAUCGGGUCCUCCUCAACACUCUUCACCCACUCUUCACCCACAGAAUUUACCCUCAACUGGGAACCUCUUGUGGCCAGGAUGGGUAAUUCGAUGGAAGUGUCACAAGGUACUUUUUAGGAUCGACUCCAGAGGUGUUCUCAGGACUGGCACACAUUGUGUCCGUCGGAAAAUGUCCAAGUCAGGAGAAAAAAUGUGCACCGAAGGAGAUUCGUACCCGUAUCCUGCCGCUGACGCCAUGUGCGAAGGUAUACCGAUU